AGCUUCGCCUUGCUCUCUGUUCGCCAUCUUUCUCGAAAUGUUGUUGGUGGUGGUGAAGAGGUCAAGCGGAAAUGGCUGUAUCACCACGAGUUGUAAUGAAAACAGCGCCACCUAUCAUAUCGGAUAUGACAUGCUUUCGGCCAAUGAUUCGAAUUACUCACUGCCAUGUAUAUUGGGAUAACAGCAGAUCCCCCAAAAGAUAGCAUAGUCCGACUAAAGCAAGAUUCGAAUUAUACCAUCAUGUAAACGCACUGAGUGUUUCAAACAAAGUUCACAAUUUGAAAACAAUUCUUUGUUGUUGAUUCCCUUUUUUCAUUAGUAGGCUAUUAGUUAUUGUUGAUCCAGUUAUGUCUGCUGACAUGUCGCACGUGGGCAGAAAAAGAAAGAAAAAAAAUGACACGCUAGUGUUACAGGAAAGAAAGCGUAAGAUUUGUAAAUGUACACUUAAUUUGUAAUCGACUUAAUGUUUAGUAUAUUUGUGUACUCGUAAUCUCGAGGCACGGGCACAUGGGGACGGCAACAUAUCUUUUGAAAAUACAAACGAACUACUUUUCAAUAAACCUCGGUUGUCGAUAACAGGCGCUUCUCUUCCUGCGCACGCGCAGUUCAUGUCUACAUUGGCCGGCGCAGGACAGCGGUAAGCGAGCUCUGUUGACUGUUUAAAUAAAAAACCUUUAUUACGCUAGUUAUUAUGCCCAUUUAAAGUGCAACUAAUAACAGAGUGCAUGGUAUUUGCUGUGUGCUUUUACUGUUUUAAAACACUGGACAUUUAGCGCCCUCGGACAGACAGCGGGCGUUGGUUUGGGCCUCGCUUUCGAUAACAAAUCCAGCACGAGGCUAAUCUCAACAAAGCUAACGACGUCCAAAUGCUAAGCCUUCGCUAGCUAGCUAUGUAACGCUACGAGCGUCCUAUGUCUAGCAGGAGCCGUUUGUGCUUCAAUGGCACAUCGUGGACAGAUCCAUGAGAAAUACGUGUUACCUGAGAUAACAAACCAAGGUGUAGUUAACACGAAUUGGUAACAGUAACGGCGAUGUCAGACUAGAUAUCAGUGUUAGCUUGUUAGCUGCCUGCACGAGCCCACUGUCAGUUAAUGCAAGUGGCUCGCGGUCCUUGAGCCUCGCUGUCUUUGUGAGCGGCUAGCUACUAAUCUACGGGCCAUUCAAGCUUAACGUCAGCAUGUUUUGACAUGACAUGGGUUUUAAAGAUGUAAUGUGUCCUCUCGAAGGAUCGAUUUAAAGGCACACCUUUUAACACGGAUUAUUUCAGCCUGAUUGCGUUAACAUAUUGUUAAUCAAUCGUACUGUCGUUAGAGGUAAUGCUCAAUAUAGUUGUCUUUCAUACAUAAUGAAACAUGUUAUGUUUUUGGCCAUUUGGCUCUUGUCGUCAAGCUAUGAUGCCACAUUGAACACGUUGUUUUGGUGCUCAUUGUUGCUUUGCUUCUUUGACGUCUAAUGCACAAGUCGCUGUUUAACAUAAGUUACAGCAAGUCACUGCAUUGCAAAGUAAACACACCGUGUUGGUGUUCAAUUGGGUGCGCACAAACUAUCAACAUUCCUUUACCCGUGUUAUGUAUUUGUCUUUUCUACUACUAUUCCUCAUUUAAUGUUAUUUUUUUCUUUGGUUAUGUUUCUAGUGACAAUUAUCGGCCUGGUGAAGAGAGACUGCCUUCAACGUGAAUGAGUCAUGGCCCAAUUCGGGGGACAGAAGAACCCGCCAUGGGCGACUCAAUUUACUAACACAGCGGUGUCCCAGUCGGGUCACUCUGGACCGCCCCUUGACCUCAAUAACCUGCAUUCUCUUGGUGUGCAGCAGCCAUCUCUUCUGGGAGCAUCCCCAUCUGUUUACUCUCAACAGUCCAUGGCUGCAGCCUCUCUCGGCAACCAAUCUACUGCAAACUAUCAGCUGUCUCAGCAAACUGCUGCUUUGCAGCAGCAGGCUGCAGCAGCUGCCACAGCAGCACUACAGCAGUCUCAGCUCAAUACAGCCCUCCAGCAGUAUCAGCAGCAGCAACAACAACAGCAGCAACAACAUCAACAUCAACAUCAGCAGCAGCAGCAGCAGCAGCAACAACAACAGCAGCAACAACAACAACAGCAGCAGCCGCCGCAGCAACCCCCUCAACAACUGUACAAUGUACCUCAUCAGCUACCCCAGCCUCAACAGGCACUGAUUCCUCAGCCUCCCGUCUCCAUGCCCCCCAGCCCAAGCAUGUCCAACCCAAGCAUGUCCAACCCCCAGCAGACAGCCCAGAUUACCGUGUCCUACCCAACACCACGGUCAAGUCAUCAACAGCAGACGCAGCCACAGAAGCAGCGAGUUUUCACUGGUGUCGUCAACAAGCUACAUGACACGUUUGGCUUUGUAGAUGAAGAUGUCUUCUUUCAGCUUAGUGCUGUAAAGGGGAAGACUCCUCAGGUGGGGGACAGGGUCCUAGUGGAAGCUGUUUACAACCCGAACAUGCCCUUCAAGUGGAACGCUCAGCGCAUCCAGACGUUACCUCAGCUGUCGAACCAGUCGCAUCAGCAGCCUUUACCUCAAGGUCCUCCACAGCUCGGCAACCUUUACACUGAUCCAGGAAUGCAGCUGCGCUACUCAGACAUGCACUCCACUUUGGACCACAGACAAAAUAGCCAGCCUCCACCUAACAUGAUGAAGGCACCCCCAAUGCUGCAGUCGCUACCUCCCCCAACGACAUUCAGUAUUCCAACCCAAGCUCCGCCUCCUUCCCUCCUGCAAACCCAAAUGUCGGCUGCCUCUCUGGCCCCUCUUCUCCAAAACCCUCCUCAGCCUCUUCUAUCACAGCCCCCACCCAAAGAUGUGUUUUCAGGGGGUCUGCUUCAGCCCCCAGUGAGACUUAUGCCGCAGCCUGUCCGACGCAUCGAGCCUCCACCUCGUUUCCCCGGUCGCAAUGACAGAGGCCCUGAGCUCAUCCUAAGGACUAAAGAGGAACGCAAUCGAGACCGAGAUCGUGAGCGCAGGCGGUCGAGAGAGCGCUCGCCCACGCGCAAACGUUCCAGAGAUCGUUCUCCCAGACGUGACCGCUCACCUCGGCGGCCUCGCAGGGCGGUUCCUCGCUACACCGUUCAGUUUUCCAAGUUCAGCUUAGAUGGUUCCAACUGUGACAUGAUGGAGCUGAGAAGGCGCUAUCAGAGCCUCUACAUUCCUAGUGAUUUCUUUGACGCUGUCUUCACCUGGGUGGAUGCCUUCCCUCUAACAAGACCCUUCCAGUUGAGUAACGCCUGCAACUUCCACAUCUUGAACAAAGAGGUGGAUCCUCUAGUGAAGAAUACAGCUGUGCUCGACCCUCCUGAUGCCAACCACACCUACAGUGCUAAGGUGAUGCUACUGGCUAACCCCAGUAUCGAGGAGCUCUAUCACAAGUCCUGUGCUCUGGCAGAGGACUCGCAGGAAGUCAAAGACUCCUUCCAACAUCCUGCUCGACUCAUCAAGUUUUUGGUGGGAAUGAGGGGUAAAGAUGAGGCCAUGGCCAUCGGCGGCCACUGGUCUCCCUCUCUGGAUGGAGCUGACCCAGAGAACGAUCCGUCGGUCCUUAUAAAGACAGCCAUACGCUGUUGCAAGGGACUCACCGGCAUAGAUCUUAGUCUGUGCACUCAGUGGUAUCGUUUUGCAGAGAUUCGCUAUCACCGGCCGGAGGAGACACACAAGGGGCGGACUGUCCCUGCUCAUGUGGAGACAGUGGUUUUGUUUCUUCCGGAUGUUUGGCAUUGUCUUCCUACCCGCUCAGAGUGGGAGGUGCUGUCACGGCGACUUCGGGAGCAGCUGGCCGAGAAGCUGUCGGCCGAGCGAAAGGAGGCGGAUGGAGAACAGGAGGAAGAGGAGAAGGAUGAUGAUGAUGAAUCGAAGGACGUCAGUGUUCCCACUCACUGGGCUAAACUUGACCCGAAAUCCAUGAAGGUGAAUGACCUGCGCAAAGAGCUUGAUUGUCGCUCUCUGAGCUCUAAAGGGUUAAAGUCGCAGCUGAUCGCCCGUCUUACCAAGCAGCUGAAGGUGGAGGAGCAAGUGGAGGAGUCCAAGGAGCCGGAGAAACCGGAGGUAAAGGUUGCUGAGGAAGAGCAACCACCUCGCACCGAGGAAGACCGGGAGGAGGAGGAAAAGAAGAAGCAGGAGGAGCUUGAGCGCCAGCGGAGAGAAAAGCGCUACAUCCUCCCUGAUGAGCCAACCAUCAUCGUAAGCCCAAACUGGGCCGCCAAGAAUGGCAAAUUUGAUUGCAGUGUCAUGUCGCUGAGUGUGCUGUUGGACUACAGACUGGAAGACAACAAGGAGCACUCUUUUGAGAUUUCUUUAUUCGCUGAGCUGUUUAAUGAGAUGCUACAGAGAGAUUUUGGCUACCGCAUAUAUAAAGUCCUGGUGGCCUUUCCUAACAAAGAUGAAAAGAAGGAAAAGGAGAAGAAAUGCAAGAAGGAGCUGGAGAAGCGAGAAAUAAAGACGGAAAAAGAGGAGGAAAAUGAAGAACCAGCUGUCAAGAAGACUAAAGAGGAUGAGGAGGAAAAGAAGAAGUGCGAUGACAAGGUUGUGAAAAAGGAGUCGUCUAAAGAUGAAGAGGAGAACGAAGAUGAUUGCAGCACGGCCAAUGCUGAAGAAUAUGACCCCAUGGAGGCUGAAGAUGCAGAGGAGGAUGAUGAUGAUGACAAGGAUGAUGAAGAUUCCAGUGACAGAGACCGGAAAGACUGCAAGGGUGACCGCAAGUCGUCAAAAGAGAGGUCCUCCAAAGACAAGGAGAAGAAGCUGAUGGUCACACACAACAGGGAGCUGCUGAUGGCGUUCGUCUACUUUGAUCAGAGCCACUGUGGCUAUUUGCUGGAGAGAGACCUGGAAGAGAUCUUGUACACUCUGGGACUGCACCUCUCCCGUGCUCAGAUAAAGAAGCUGUUGAACAAGCCGGUGAUCAGAGAGUCCUGUUCCUACCGUAAACUGACAGACAGCGAGAAAGAUGAACCUGUUCCUGACUUUAAUGAAGCUCAGAUUGAAAACCUCCUAGGCAACCGAGAACUACUUCCUGCUUCUAAAGCCUGUGUGCAGUCUGAGGCCAGUGAGUCCGGAAAUCUGAUCGUGUUUAAUGGAGCCAUGGUCGACGUUGGCAGCAUGAUGCAGAAACUGGAGAAGAGUGAGAAAGCAAGAGAGGAAAUAGAAAAGAAGCUCAUGGUGCAGGAUGCCAAAAUGGAUGAAGAUUCAAAGGUUAAAGCUCAGGUGGAGCAAGCCAACACAGCCUUGUCCAAGGAGCUGGAGGAGGUGAAAAGCACGCUGAGCAACACCGAGCAGACGCUCAAGGUCACCGACGAGCAGAGGAACAUCUACCUCGACCAGAUAAGCCAGACGUCCAACACCUUGACGUCCGCCGUCAAAGAGCUGCUGGCGGUGCUGAAAAAGGAUCCCGACGCAGACGAGGCGGCUGAUGAAGUCACUGGCGAUCCCAUCGAGACGGCUCAAACCAACGGCGCCAACGAAUGAUUGACAUUUCAAAUGGAUGGAGCUGUAAUACAGAUUUUUUUUAACAAUUGUAAAUAUUCUCUAAAUGAGCAUAAUAUGGCGGUGUUUUAUUUGGACCCGUUUCCUAAGUACAUGUAUAAAUGAAUUAAUUUACUAGUGUUUAAUUUGAACUGUUUCUGUGAACAAUAGAUUUGUUUGAGAAGUUACCUUUCUAAUCUAGAAUAGUUUGAACCGCAGCAAAGCUUUGAAACGCUUGUUUUCAAAUACUAGUCAAUAAGUUCAGUUGCUAACAUUCUUUUGAUGUUGCUUGUGCAUUAUUAUGGCCAAUAAAAUGCUUCGUUAUAGAUUUACAUGCCAGUUUGUGUGAGUUGUACUUUUCAUAAAUGUUUGUUUUUCUAAUGAGCAAUAAUGAGGCUAUUUAUGUGCAAGAGAAUUCAUUGAAACUAUAUAUUUAAAAGGCACUAAUUUAGGAUGUAAAAGGGUAACAUCUGCUGUGAGACCACCGCCGUGUUCAACAGACACUUUCUGUCUGUCGUUCUCCUGGCCGCCGUAACGCUCAUGUCUGCGUGGGUCCUGCUCCUCGGACACGCCGACUGUCCACCGACUGACGAGCGCGCCGCCGGCCCGUUGCCCGCCAAAGGAAACCGCACACGAACCAAAAGAUGAACUUGACUAACGAGUGUGUGUUCUUUGCUGUAAAGACAUGAGCAUUUAGAAAUCCAUCUCUCUGAACAUGUUUGGGUUGUUCUAGAAAAGAGGCACGAUUUCGAUGAAAUGUGCUCCAAAGAAGGCAAUUUUAUUUUUGAUAUUGAAAACGUGCUCUGUAUGUGUUGUGCAAGAGUAAAGUGCUCCAUUUUAACACUA